GUGGGGGUGGUGGGCUUCUUUUGCACCACCAGUCGAGGUAAAACUUCAAAUGAGCUGCAACUCCGUCUCAAUAAUAUCGGAGGAAUGCGCCGUUGUCGCUCAGAGGAGGCGGAGUCAGGAAAUGUACGAGCGCUGCCUAUCAAGCAGGAGAGAGAGGAGGAGGAGGAGGAGUGAGGAAGGAGAGCUACGUGUGGCUGCUGGAUGGUUGUAAAACGGAGCUCAUGAAACUGGCUGGUGGAACUGUUUUUCCUGCAGAUGACAGACACCCGUGACCUGCUUUGCGCGGAUAAGCUGCACCAGAAAACUCUUCCAGUUGCAUUUUUUCCGCACCAGCUGCAGAAACUCUGGACUGUUUGAUGCUCAGAGGAAGGGACCGACCUCCAGCUUGGACCCUACCUGCAGCAGCUCUUUCUGGGUCUCGGAUUGGAGAGAAUCCCCGCUCACACGGACCGUAACCCCUUUACUCUCCCCCCGAAGCUCUGGGAUCUGCUGCGGAAGGAGGAGGAGGAGGUUGGGAGAGGCGAUCGGUCACUUUACAUCACCUUUUUACAACUUAUUAACCACAACAAAUAUUCUUUGACAUGCCUGCCUGAAGCUUUUUUGGUGCUGCUCUUCAUUUUCCGUCUGUUAGGCUUCGCUGGGAUGUUUGAGCCGCGCUGUUUGGUGGGGUGAAGGGACCCAGAGAGGGCGAGCGCGCGGCCGGAGAGACCGAAGCGGACCACGGAGGAGCCGGGAGCAUGGCUCUGGCAGCGCUGGCUCUUUGGGUGCUAAUGAGUCUCACCUGGGGAAACGGGCUCCAGGUGUCCGCCAACAGGCAUUCGGUUUACUGGAACAGCUCCAACAUAAUUUUGCAUAAGGAGGGAUACACGAUGAUGGUGAACGUCAACGACUACCUGGACAUCUACUGCCCUCAUUACAACGACAGCCACGGCAUCAGCGUCGUGGAGCAGUACGUCCUCUACAUGGUCAGUUACCGCGGUUACAGGAACUGUGACCCCCAGCUGGGCUUCAAGAGGUGGGAGUGUAACCGUCCCCACGCCCCGCACGCGCCCAUCAAGUUCUCCGAGAAGUUCCAGCGCUACAGCGCCUUCUCUCUGGGCUACGAGUUCCACGUCGGCCAGGAGUACUAUUACAUCUCCACGCCCGUCCGUCACCACGGACACAACUGUCUCAGACUACGAGUGUACGUUUGCUGUCCCACCGCCUCUGAUGUGGAGGAUGGAGCAGAGCCAACAGAACCAGACUACACGCUGAGACCAGGCCUAAAAAUCGACGACAUUGAUGACUACAACCCUUUUGUUCCCAAACUGGAGAAGAGCGUCAGCGGGAGCAGUCCGUCCCGAGAUCGCCUUCUGCUCACCGUGACCAUGCUCCUCCUUGCCGCUCUCUUCGUCUCCUAGCAAUGGCCGUCUCAUCAGCGUCACCAUGCCAACUAGCCUUGGGAGGGUGCACACUGUCAGUGGGCUGGGAGCGGGUC